AUGUUCGGCUGGCUGAUCUACCGCCGGCUGGGUGGUGCCUGGCUGGCUGGCUGGCUGGCUAGCUCAUCAUCAUGCAUAUGCAUGCACACUGCUUGUUCAGUGUGUAAGAACCGAGACGUGCCGUCGUCGUGCUCCUAUCCUAGUAGACGUCUGUUUUUGAGUGUUUCUUGUAUAGCGGCGGACCACCCACCGUGAAGCAUUCAAGUAGAUUUGCAUUACAUCCGUGCUAUUUAUGAUGUGCUGAGUUUAGUAUUCACGAACAACUACUUAGUGAUGAAUAUUAUGGACCCUAUUAACAAUAGCAAGCCAUCAUCACAAAGCAGCAGCAGCACGAAGAUGCGAGACGAAUCGUCGAGUAUCCAUCCAAAGUUACGUGCCAAACGACGAACGACCGAUGAUGCAGUUGGUGGUGGUGGUGCUGCUGCUGGAGCGUGCGGGUCAAACGCGAGCAGGUCGUGCUCUUCUUCGCAUCUAUCGUGCAGUAUGAGCAGUAGCAGCAGUUGCAGUAGCACAGUGCCGUCAUCGGAACAACAUCUGAAACAUCUGAUGCCUCCGUUCUAUUCCUACAAGAACUCUAAUGCAGCGAACAACACUAACAAUAAGUUGCUAUCAACCGAUUCACCGUCAUCUCUAUCAUCCAUAUCACCAACACAAUCCUCCUUCAUCAGCAAUCUUAACUCGAUAUCGUCAAGCAGUAACAAUUUUCAAUUCGAAACCUUAGCACUAAUGGAACAAAUAAAACAGCGUAAUCUCGGCCUGGAGAUUGUAUCAACUACGAAUCAAUCAGAGUCAUCCAGCGACUUGAAUGUGAAUCUUCAAGAGUGGAAAGGAACACGUGUUUUGGCACAUUUAACUGACAUCGAUGGUUAUUUACCCGCUUGUAUCAAGGACGUUCGUAAUAACAAGGAUGUCAUUGUGCAGUUUGAUAGCGGUAGAGAGCACGUUUUCGAGGAUGUGAUGUCGAGAUCAAGCCGAGAACAGCCGGAUAUUGUUGCUGAUCAAGCACCGAGUCCGGAUUCAAUAAAUGUAUCGGAUACUUUGUGUGUGAAGUGGAAGGGUGAAGAGAGCAUCUACCGUUUGGCUGACGUGAUCAAAAAAUUGAAUUCACCUGCGCGCUUCCAGGUACGUCUUCUGAACCAGCCGUUAUCUGAAAACCAGCCAGUUUGGCUGCCACGCGCAAACGUACGCUUGAUGCGACCGCCUUGGUAUGAUGAAUUGGCCGCAGUUGGCAGCUGCAAUAAUUCAGCACAAGAAAAUCGUGAUAAUGGUAGUAACACACCACAGUGCCUGCAAACGAAAUCAAGCUCAAGUGAUGUUGCAGACUCGGAUGAGGAUGACGAACAAAUCAAGGAUGAACAGGUUGAUGCGGUCUCUGACUUGAAUAAUUUUUCGGGCAAUUCCACGCCUCAUUCUACAUCGAUAUUAUUCACAAGUAACAGUAAUAAUCAAAACAGUAAUAAUAAUAGUAAUAAUAACAAUAAUAAUAGUAAUGGUAAUAAAAGGUCAGCACAACUUAUCGGUAUCCUGCAUCAGGCCUCAUCAUCAUCGUCUCAAUAUUCUCUUAUAUCACCGCCAUCAAUAAGCUCUGAUAGUAAUAAUAAUAACAAUAUUAAUAAUAAUAAUAAUAAUGAUAAUAGUAAUAUCAAUAAUAGUAACAUAAUGAUAAUGGAUGACGAGUCGUCGUCAUACCAACAACAAACGCCAACGUCAUCUAAUUUGCAUUCGAGCUCCUCAUCCAGCAAUCCAGCAACUAAUUCAGCACAUCAUAUUAGUACUGCUAUUGCUGCUUCACUUGCUAUGCAGCAACAACAGCGUUACAAAAAGGGUGAGAUCGUGACAACGCCAGGUGGAAUACGAAAGAAAUUCAACGGCAAGCAGUGGCGAAGGUUGUGUAGUAAGGAGGGUUGUAAUAAGGAGUCACAACGUCGUGGCUAUUGCUCGAGACAUUUAUCGUUGAAAGGCAAAUCGAUUCGUUCCGAAGCAGCCGCCAAUGCAAUCGCCAUUGGUCUCUCGUCAACACUCUCCUCUGCGAACGCUUCAGCUGCAGCGGUGAUCGAUUGGCGACGUUCAUCACCCACUUCGAGUAGCUACUCGACGUCCGACUUGAGUAAUCUCAUACCGACAAGCACAAAAUUCGACGAGAAUGACAUCGCCAAUACACUCCUGAACCUGCGUAAUCCCACUGCGCAUCUGGCUUAUGUGGGUGUGAAUGGCAGCAGUGCAGCGGCGAAUUCGUUCGCAAACAACACACAAUUUCAUCUGAAUCUAUCGAAUACUCUUGUUGAUCAGCACAACACGUCGUCGUCGUCGUCGUCAUAUCCUGAGCCACACGAUCUAUUACCUUUAAUUGACAUUCCGCUUAGCGUUAAUACUGCUGCUGCUGACUUCAUUCAUAGUGUCCGUUUAUUUUUACUUAUGGCCAUAAUCAACUUGGGUUGUUCACAAGGGACGCGUUUUCGUUUUUCGUUGAUCGUCGAUAGAGUGUGUGGCGAACUGAUCGCGCCGCGUGUCGUUGGCACAAUGUCCACACCCGAUGUACAUAGUUGGCGGCAAAAUGCCGUCCGUCCGUUGCUGACGAACGAUUCGAGGGCAGUCAGGUGCUUGAUUGACGAGAAUAAGUGCGCAGCUAAGAUGGAAGAGGACGAUAGCAUUGUGAAUUCGUCGGCGUUCACCUCAUUUAAACAGAACUUCAUUGAGAGCAGCAGUAAUGGUGUUGAUAAUUGUUUCGAGAGUGAUCACUUUAAUUACAACGAACAAACAACGGCUGAAGAGGACGUCAACUUUUCUUUGAAUAAUACUGACUGCAAUAAUAACGACAGCAAUGCAACAUUUUUAUUGACACCACCCUCAUCGUUCAUUAACCAAACGCCCACACCAUCAGGCUCAUCAAAAGAAUUAUUGGACACAACAACAGUGCCGUGGCAUCAGCUAGUACCACAUUUACAGAAGAGAUAUUGCGACGAUUCAAUUCAAGAGAAAUCAACUUCAUCUCGUCAUACACCUCACGAAAUUGUUAUUUUUAACCACCACAAUUAUUCGUUCGUUAUUGCAGCAGCACAACUAAUGUGA